CGAAAUCGGUAUACCAAAGAAGCUUUUAUUUCAUUGAAGUGAAGGAUUUUCACGGCAUCCUCUUGCUCUCCAUCUCACAGUCAAAAAUGUCCGAUAAUCCUUUGGAGGCAAUCUGCAGCACCAUUGGAAGAAUUUCAGUGUCCCUCCAAACAAAUCUUUCCAAAUUCAUUAGCAUCCCCCAAAAACCAUCUACACUCACAAAUGUAAACGUUUCAGUUUCUCCAUCCGGACCACCCAUAGCUACUCCAUCGAUAGUAGCCGCUGUUUCUUCUCUUCCUCAAUCCACGAACCCACACACAAAGCAAAUCUCAACUGGUCCAGUGAGCAGAGAAGAGCUUGGAAGGGCCACUUGGACUUUCAUUCACACUCUUGGUGCUCAGUAUCCAGAAAACCCAACCAGGCAGCAAAAAAAAGAUGUUAAAGAAUUGAUGGCAAUAAUAUCCCGCAUAUACCCUUGCAAGGAAUGUGCGGAUCACUUCAAGGAAGUGCUAAGAUCGAAUCCUGUACAAGCGGGUUCUCAAGGCGAAUUUUCACAAUGGUUAUGUCGAGUGCAUAAUGUUGUUAAUCGGAGCCUUGGAAAGCCAACGUUUCCAUGUGAACGAGUUGAUGCAAGAUGGGGGAAGCUAGAUUGUGAGCAUCGUGUAUGUGAUCUACAAGGAUCCAUGACACUUUUUAGCACUCGAAUUGAUUGAAUGUAUUGGUGAUUGAUGUAUAUUAUUCGAACUUUGUUACUCAAAUAUCAAGUUAAGAAAUUGGUUAAAUAUAAAAGCUAAAAUUUACUUA